AUGCCCCCGAAAUCGAAGUCAAAGUCCACGUCUGCGACGUCGACCAGGCAGUCCUACCGCAUCAUAUCAAUGCCUAGCACGUCUACCGCAUCCACCACCCAACCCAGCCCUCCGCUCCCGCCUCCGAAGGCAACCAGCACAUCAAAGCCUUCCACCCGCUCCCGCAAGGGCAAAGGGACACCGCGCAUCCUAAAGAACGCCCCUCCCCUCCUCCCCGGCAAGAGCGCCAAAUACCGCCUCGAACAAGCGCGUUUCCGGAUGUGGUCCGCACACCCCUUCGUCGCCGCCUUUUGCGCCUUCGCCGCGCGGUGCGCCGCCUGCCGCGAGCGCAUCAAGGGGGACUAUCGGUCGAAGACGAGGCGGUUCAGCAACACGAACAUACUACGGCACUUCGGUACUUGUAAGGCGCGCAAGGCGAUUGAGGCGGGGGAGAUGGCGUAUCCGCCGCCGAGGGAGGUUGAAACGCCCUUGGAGGUGAAUGAUAAGGGGGUGAGGUUCGAGGUUUUCCCUGGUGGGGCGCCACCGCCUGGGACGUCGCUUGGGCAGAAGGGGAAGAGGAAGCGGGAGGAGACGCCGGAGGUGGAGGUAGAGGAACUCGACCUCCGUCAGCCUACGAAGCAGACGAAUACGAAUAAGCGCCGUCGAGUUUCGACCGCUGAAGCAGGUCCGUCGCGCGUACCCCCUCGCAAGGUCCUACCUCCGCGCAAGACCGCACCUUCUCGCAAGACUGCGCCUCCUCGCAAGACUGCGCCUCCUCGCAGGUCCACGCCUCCUCGCAGGUCCACGCCUCCUCGCAGGUCCACGCCACCUCGCACGCCUCCGCCGCCGAACACGACCCCGCCUCCUCUGCCUAGCACGAAUCCACCUCCCCUGCCUCGCACCACGCCGCCUCCUCUCCCAGCGAUCGCCGCAGAGGUCAUUGACUCCCCCUCUCCCGCGCCACACUACUCGACGAUGCCUACCAUGGACCCUCUUCCGCCGCGGUUCCGCACGAGGUCACCCUUCAUCCACAAUGUUGUACCUGAUCCAGUCCAAACCCCGGCAGACUGGGACAGUGUUGAGUCGGAGGAUGGCUUCGACGAACACUACUCGUAUAGCGCGCCAGUUACCAUCCGACAAAGAAUUUCCGAGGAGCGCUCGACGGCCGGUCCGUCGAAUGCGGACGAGCUGCCUUCGUCUUGA